CAGAUGAAAAUGGUAAAACCCAGAGAGCUGAUGAUUUUGUUUUGAAGAAAAUAAAGAAGAAAAAGAAAAAGAAACACCGAGAAGACAUGCGAGGAAGACGCCUUAAAAUGUACAAUAAGGAAGUCCAGACGGUCUGUGCUGGCCUGACGCGCAUCAGUAAGGAAGUCCUCACCCACGGCCAAGCAAACAGCACGUCGGGCGUUAACAAGGAGUCCUGCAGGUAUCUGAGAGAUGAACAGCUGUGCCGCUUAAACUUGGGCAUGCACGAAUAUCGGGUGCCCCAGGGAGUACAAACACCUUUCAUGACCCACCAGGAGCAUUCUAUUCGUAGAAAUUUCUUAAAAACAGGUACUAAGUUUAGCAACUUUAUUCAUGAGGAACACCAGUCCAAUGGCGGUGCUCUGAUCCUUCAUGCGUACAUGGAUGAACUCUCAUUUUUGUCUCCAAUGGAGAUGGAGAGAUUUUCUGAGGAGUUUCUUGCUUUGACAUUCAGUGAAAAUGAGAAAAAUGCCGCUUACUAUGCUUUAGCAAUAGUGCACGGGGCGGCUGCUUAUCUCCCGGACUUCUUGGACUAUUUUGCUUUCAAUUUCCCCAACACUCCAGUGAAAAUGGAAAUUCUGGGCAAGAAAGAUAUCGAAACAACCACCAUUUCAAAUUUCCACACUCAGGUCAACAGGACGUACUGCUGUGGCACCUACCGAGCAGGUCCUAUGCGGCAGAUAAGUCUUGUUGGAGCAGUAGAUGAAGAAGUUGGUGAUUAUUUCCCAGAGUUCCUUGAUAUGUUAGAAGAAUCACCAUUUCUGAAAAUGACUUUGCCCUGGGGUACACUUUCCAGCCUCCGACUCCAGUGUCGGUCCCAGAGUGAUGAUGGGCCCAUCAUGUGGGUAAGGCCAGGAGAGCAGAUGAUCCCUACAGCAGAUAUGCCAAAGUCACCCUUCAAAAGACGACGAUCAAUGAAUGAAAUAAAAAAUCUCCAGUACCUACCUCGGACCAGCGAACCCCGGGAAGUCCUCUUUGAAGAUAGGACAAGAGCGCAUGCUGAUCAUGUGGGCCAGGGGUUUGACUGGCAGAGUACUGCCGCUGUUGGGGUUUUGAAAGCUGUACAGUUUGGUGAAUGGAGUGACCAACCUCGCAUAACCAAAGAUGUGAUUUGUUUUCAUGCUGAGGACUUCACUGAUGUUGUACAGAGACUUCAGUUAGACCUUCACGAACCUCCAGUUUCCCAGUGUGUGCAGUGGGUGGAUGAAGCCAAACUAAACCAAAUGCGGCGGGAAGGCAUCCGUUACGCUAGAAUUCAGCUGUGCGACAAUGACAUCUACUUCAUCCCCAGAAACGUCAUUCAUCAGUUCAAAACGGUGUCCGCAGUGUGCAGCCUCGCCUGGCAUAUAAGGCUCAAACAGUACCACCCUGUUGUGGAAGCCACUCAGAACACAGAAAGCAGUUCUAACAUGGACCGCGAUUUAACUGGAAAGCGAGAAUUAGAAGUUGACUCCCAGUGUGUGAGGAUAAAAACGGAACCUGAAGAAACAUGCGCAGAGAUGCAGCUUUUCACAACCGCUUCAUCUUCCGUCCCACCUUCCUCAGAACUGAAUCUGCAGCAGGACCAGGUGCCACAGCCUGUCCCGGUGUUAAAGGUGGGAAGUAGGCUGGACUCCGAGCAGCAACACAAGCUACAGGAACAUUCCAGCACUCCUGUGUGAUAUAUCCGAUUUCCCCAUCUCCCACUUGCCAUCCAGCAGAUGCCACCUGUCAUCUGAGCUGGUCAUUGCUAAUACACAAGGAGUCUGUCUCCUGACAGCCAGCACUGUGUUUAAUCACUCAGGAACCAGCGGAUCUGCAAAGACCUACAAUCAAAAGCAAAUCCCCACUUUCCUUUGACACAUUCUACCCUCACCUCCAAUAUUAACACAUUAAAAGAGUAUAAAAAUGUUUAAAAUCAUGUACUAAUAAAUUCAUUGUAUGUUAGAAUUGCAAUAGGAUGGAGAGAGAAACAUUUAGCUAGUAAUGUAUCUGGAAACUGAAUGUCCUAUGUGAGUGAGUAUUAGAUUUUAAUAGCAUGCUUUAAAGACUGAGCAAUAUAAAAGCCCAAGUUUUGAGUUUCUUACUGCUUUCCAAGCUGUAUCCUAGUUUAGUGAUACAAAUGAUUGCAACUUUUCUAACUCAUUAAAUUAUUUGGUUUGGUGGAGUGAGGCAUGGAGCAAACUGGCGUCUUCUGAUUUGUAAAGUAUUGAUGGCAGUGAAGUUGUAACUGAAAUUUAAGCUGAUCUUCCUUUUUGGUAUCUUAUCUGUUGUGCCAACUCUUUGAGAUUACUUGCAGAAUGUGGCUAUAAGUUUUAGUAUUUUAUGGAGCAGCGGUUGCCAACCUUUCGGACCUCACAGACCAUCAGUGGUCCACGGACCACCGGUUGGUGACCGCUAUUGUGGAGCACAUAUUUUUAAAUGUGCUUAUGGAAAGGACCCAAUAUGUGAGUAUUUCUAAUGUCGUAACUAGAACGAUUUUAUGGUAUUCAUGAAUAAGGAUAAAAGUCUUCCCCCUGCCCCAGAAGUCAUUCUAUAAUUACACCAAGAUAUGCUAGGAGUAGGGUUAGGAUUCAAAGAGGUAUUCCAAAUUCAUAAAGCAAUAACAAUAAAAACCUACAUGAGUUUUCCCCUUCAGAAUUUUAACUCUUUAAGAAGGAAUUCCGAGGCUGGCUUGUGCAUUUAUUAAUUUGCUUAUUCAGCACUUAACAAUUUUGUUUCAUUGGUACUUCAUUAUUUUUAAAGACUUUUGAAAGGUGCCCUUCCCCCUUAGAGACAGUUGGAAUAUCAGAUGAAUAUUACAAGCUCUUGUAGUAGGAAAAAGGAGCUUAUUUAAUAAAAUUCUUUAAACGUUAGGAAAAGAUGUCUCGCAUCAUCUUGCAUCAGUCUUAAGAGGCAUAAAGUUCACACUUUUGCUUGUUGCCUUCCCCUCUAUAAAUAUUGUCUAGAAUGAAAGCUAAUUUAGGAACAAGACUCCAAAAUUCACGAAAACCCUUAGUGAAUAUAUUCUUGAUCAUUAAUAUUAGCCCAUAAUAUAUUUUCAUCUGUAUUUGCCAUUAAAAAUUGGUGUUUAUGCCUUCAGGA